AUGACAGUCUUUGCAAACAAGCAAGAUUUCAACAACCUAGGUCUUGAGCAAUUUCGACAGUCGCACACACAUGCCUCGCAGGACUGCUACAUAUGUCUCCAGCCUCUUGCUGUUCACCCCACCAAAGACGGUAUCCCCGACCCAAAAUGCCAUGCCGCUAUUCGCGUCGCUGCCUGCGGCCACAUUGUCGGCAAAGACUGUCUAGACGCCUGGCUUGACGCCGGUCAUACCUGUCCAACAUGCAAACACCUACUCUUCGAAGCCACUGGUGAUCCCAUCACACAGGGAGAUAUCAACAACAUCCUCCGUACACUGGCUCCGAGUUUUGGUGAGGAUGCGAUCAUGGUGGUGGUUGCGCGACUUAUGGCCCGUCAGGAACAGGAGCGUGCGCGAAUGAGACAGGCGCAUGAGAUCGAGAUGGAGAAGAUUAAGGCGGAGGAGACGCAGGAAAACUACGAUAAAUUCUCGCUUUCUGACGAGGACUUCUUGGAUAGUGGUGAUGAGGUAGAUUUUGACGAGGCUGACGACGAUAAGGAGAUUGAGCUAGGAGAGGAUGAGGACGGUGAGUUCGAGGAAGAAGAACAAGACGACGACCUAAACUAG